GGUGGGACGACUGGGCAGCCCGCUUCCCUCUCCCGCUUAACUCGGGGUUUGUGAGGUGAGUCCGGUGGCGUCCAGCUCCGCAGUCGAGCUGCGGUACUCGUCUCGAAGAGGGCUCCCCCUCGGCUCUCCGGGCUGGGUCGUUGCCCUCCCCACGCAGCCCGAAGCCCCCGAGGACCCCCGGCGCGGCCAACUGGGGACUCUACCUGAAUUUUCCAGCUGCAGAAUGUGUAAUACCUUUAAAGGUUGGCAAUGAUGAGUAAACUGGAAUUAAAAGAAGACAAGAUGCUGGAGGUUCAAUUUGUGGGAGAUGAUGAUGUUCUUAAUCACAUUCUUGAUAGAGAAGGAGGAGCUAAAUUAAAAAAGGAGCGAGCUCAGCUUUUGGUCAACACAAAAAAAAUAAUAAAGAAGCCAGAAUAUGAUUUGGAAGAAGAUGACCAAGAAGUCUUAAAAGAUCAGAACUAUGUGGAAGUUUUAGGACAAGAUAUUCAAGAAUCUUUGAAAAAUGGCUCUGCUGCAGAUGGUGGGAAUAAAGUUUAUUCUUUUCAGAAUAGAAAACACUCUGAAAAGAUGGCUAAAUUAGCUUCAGAACUAGCAAAAACACCAAGAAAAAAUGUUUCAGUUAAUUUGAAGAAUGAUCCUGAAAUUAUGAUAAACAUUCCUCAAUGUAGCAAGGGACAUUCUGCUUCAGACAAAGUUCAGGUGAAGAACAACGAUAAAAGUGAAUUUCUAUCAACAGCACCUAGUGGUAUAAGGAAAAGAUUAAUAGUUCCAAGGUCUCAUUCUGACAGUGAAAGUGAAUAUUCUGCUUCCAACUCAGAAGAUGAUGAAGGAGUUGCACAAGAAUAUGAAGAGGACACUAACGAAGUCAUAUUGAGCCAAAAGAUUCCAUCUCAGAAUAGAGUAGUUUCAGCUCCUGUUUGUAAAGGAACACCUUCUAAGAAAAUGAAAAGAGAUAAAACAAGUGAUUUAGUAGAAGAAUAUUUUGAAGCUCAUAGCAGUUCAAAAGUUUUAACCUCUGACAGAACACUACAGAAACUAAAGCGAGCUAAACUGGAUCAGCAAACUUUGCGUAACUUACUGAGCAAGGUUUCUCCUUCCUUUUCUGCUGAACUUAAACAACUAAAUCAACAGUAUGAACAAUUAUUUCAUAAAUGGAUGUUGCAGUUACGCCUGGGGUUCAACAUUGUGCUUUUUGGUUUGGGUUCUAAAAGAGAUUUACUAGAAAGGUUUCGAACCACUGUGCUGCAAGAUUCCAUUCAUGUUGUCAUCAAUGGCUUCUUUCCUGGAAUAAGUGUGAAAUCAAUCCUGAAUUCUAUAACAGAAGAAGUCCUCGAUCAUAUGGGUACUUUCCGCAGUGUACUGGAUCAGCUAGACUGGAUAGUAAACAAAUUUAAAGAAGAUUCUUCUUUAGAACUCUUCCUUCUCAUCCACAAUUUGGAUAGCCAAAUGUUGAGAGGAGACAAAAGCCAGCAAAUUAUUGGACAGUUGUCAUCUUUACAUAAUAUAUACCUUAUAGCAUCUAUUGAUCACCUCAAUGCUCCUCUCAUGUGGGAUCAUGCAAAGCAGAGUCUUUAUAACUGGCUCUGGUAUGAAACUACUACAUAUAGUCCUUAUACUGAAGAAACUUCCUAUGAGAAUUCUCUUCUGGUUAAACAAUCUGGAUCAUUACCACUGAGUUCUCUAACUCAUGUCUUACGAAGCCUUACCCCUAAUGCAAGGGGGAUCUUCAGGCUACUAAUAAAGUAUCAACUGGAUAACCAGGAUAACCCUUCUUACAUUGGACUUUCUUUUCAAGAUUUUUACCAACAGUGUCGAGAGGCAUUCCUGGUCAAUAGUGAUCUGACACUUCGGGCCCAGCUAACUGAAUUUAGGGACCACAAGCUUAUAAGAACAAAGAAGGGAACUGAUGGAGUAGAAUAUUUGUUAAUUCCUGUGGACAAUGGAACAUUGACUGAUUUCCUGGAAAAGGAAGAAGAAGAGUCUUGAAGCUGCCCUUUACUCUUCUUCUGUAGAAGGGUUGUUGGACCCCAGCUGCCACUCCUCUAAAGUGUUGUGUUUACAUCUAA